AUGGGCAACCCUCGGUUUGGCAAAAAAAAUAGGUGACUCUUUCGUGUGUUGGUUAAAAAAAAGAAGAAUUGUUAUUGUGAACACGUAGCGGAAAUUUGGUUUUGGUCCAAUAUAAGCGUAAAGUGAAAUUAAACGCAUAUGCUUUAAAUAAAGUGUUGUACUUAAAUGUAGCAUGCAUAUAAUACACUAAGUGUCGUUCGUUUAACAAGGAGGCAGGAGCAUAACAACAGCUGAAACCGAAAAACCAACAACGCAUAACUAUGUCAUUUGUGGGUGGAGGGGUUGGUGGAGGCACCGAUGUGCACAAAUUUGUUGAGGCCCUCCAGGCAGACUUCAAGACGCUCUCACUUGAAACGAAGAAGAAGUAUCCGCAAAUAAAAGAGGCAUGCGAGGAGGCAAUUGCCAAGCUAUGCACAGCCGGCAGCAGUCCACAAAAUUCGGUGUAUUACACCGUCAAUCAGAUACUCUAUCCGCUGGUUCAGGGCUGCGAAACAAAAGACUUGAAAAUUAUCAAGUUCUGCCUAGGCAUGAUGCAACGCCUCAUCACACAGCAGGUGGUGGAUCAGAAGGGCGCACUGUAUAUAACCAAUGCCUUAUGGACGCUAAUGGAGCACAACAUCGAGGAGGUCAAAGUGCUGCAAACGGUGACAUUGCUUCUGACCACAAAUCUAGUUGUGCAUGGCGACACAUUGGCUAAGGCAUUAGUGCUCUGCUUUCGGUUGCACUAUACCAAGAAUCCAACAAUUGUGAACACAGCCGGCGCCACAAUAAGACAGCUCGUCUCUCUGGUCUUUGAACGUGUUUAUUUGGAGAAGGAUUCGGUGCCCAGUCUACAGCAACAACAUCAACAAUCUGUCAGCCCAGAUGGAGAUGGCCAUAGCCCACAAGAUGGACAGACAUUUGCCACGGACGCCUUUCAUUUGUUUCAGGAUCUUGUGCAGCUUGUUAAUGCCGAGCAGCCUUACUGGCUGGUGGGCAUUACAGAAAUGACACGUACCUUUGGCCUCGAACUGCUCGAAGCGGUGUUGAGCAACUUUAGUGCAGUGUUCCAUGAGAAUCAGGAGUUUCGUUUGCUGUUGAAGGAACGCGUCUGCGCUUUGGUUAUAAAACUAUUCUCUCCAAAUGUGAAGCAUCGUCAGCUCCCAGCACCAAGUAAUGGCACCGCUGCAGUCACAGCGGAAAAGCCAUACUUUCCGAUAAGUAUGCGGCUGUUGCGUUUGGUGGCGAUACUUAUACAAAAGUAUCAUACUAUACUGGUCACUGAGUGCGAAAUCUUUUUGUCGCUGAUUAUCAAGUUUCUGGAUCCGGACAAGCCGCACUGGCAGCGUGCAUUGGCCCUGGAGGUUAUACACAAACUGGUCACACGUUCCACGCUGAUUGCCUUUUUCUGCAAGUCGUAUGAUUUGAAAAAUCAUGCUACACACAUUGUACACGACAUGAUCGCUGCCAUGGGCAGUUAUGUGCGCUAUUCUCUGAUCAAUGCCUCGGCGGUACUGAGUAAUGGUGGACAGCAAUUAACUGGAGUCGCUGGACAACAGCCAAGCACAUUGACUGCGUUGGCGAGCGGUGGCAACAAUCAGUGUGGUUUUAUGUUCCGUGGCGCAUACCUUUCCUUGGUGGCCACCUUUGCGCCGGGCGUCUCCAAGGCUGUUUUCUUGGAAAUGCUGGACAAACUUGAUGCGCCUAACAUACCUGAUAGCUAUGGCAUUUCCCUGGCCUAUGCUAUUUUGUUGGACAUGACGCGUUCGAUUGGCGGCGUUAUUCAACGCACGCCUGAGCCGCAUCCUACACAUAACACGGCCGUUAUAAGCGAGGAGGAGCAUAAGCCAUUAUGUCUGCAGCUGGUCAACUCCAGUUGGUCUGGUCUGCUGAGUGCAUUCAUUCCGCUGGUGGAAACAUCCAUCGAUGAGGGCACCACUGAGAAUAUACUAAAGGCUAUGCAAAACUAUGCGGCACUUUGUGGAAUGCUAGAUCAAUUGCAACCGCGUGAUGCCUUCAUUAUGGCAAUGUGCCGAGCCUCCUUUCCGCCCCACUAUGCAAUGUCCAUUUUUGCCAACACCGUGCAACCUGAUGUAGAUCUCAGAUGUCACACUCGCAGCGGGAGUCAGGAUCUGAGCAGUCAGUUCAUCAACAGCUGCAAUGCGGAUGGCGGUGACUUUCGGCCACAGAUUGUGGCAGUGGGAACACCAUUGCCCAGCGCCUCGUUGCCACACAGUGUGAUGCAGGCACCUGUAAUGCUGACCAAUAAGAAUCUACAAUGUAUGCGUGCGAUUCUCCUGUUGGCCCACAAUAAUGGCAGCAUUUUGGGCACCUCAUGGCACAUUGUGCUGCAGACGCUGCAGCAUUUGGUGUGGAUACUGGGAUUGAAACCCUCGACAGGCGGUAGCCUGCAGGCAAUGCCCAAACCCGCCGUGGAGGCCAAUGUGGGCAUACAGACGGCAGUGAUGGCUGAUCUGCCAGUGCUGUCACAAAUGAUUGGCCAACUUUUUGAAUCCAGUCAGUAUUUGGAUGAUGUGGCAUUGCAUCAUCUGAUCGAUGCGCUCUGUAAGCUCUCGCAUGAGGCCAUGGAAUUGGCGUAUGCCAAUCGAGAGCCAUCGCUAUUUGCUGUGGCCAAGUUAAUGGAAACGGGGCUUGUUAACAUGCCACGCAUCGAAGUGUUAUGGCGUCCCUUAACAAAUCAUCUGCUUGAGGUGUGCCAACAUCGACAUAUACGCAUGCGUGAGUGGGGUGUAGAGGCCAUCACCUAUUUGGUCAAGUCCGCGUUGCAGUUCAAGCAUAAGCAGCCGCUUAAAGAGAAUCUGGAACUACAAACUAUGUUGCUGAGUCCACUCUCGGAGCUAUCCACAGUGAUGCAUGCGGAUGUGCGUCAGCGUCAAUUGGAUUGUGUGCUGCAGAUUUUAAAUACAGCUGGUGAAAUUCUAUCAUUUGGCUGGCCAGCCAUCAUCGAGAUAAUUGGCGCCGUUAAUGAUCAUCAUGGCGAGCCUCUGAUCCGCACCGCAUUCCAGUGUCUGCAGCUGGUCAUAACAGACUUUCUAACGGUUAUGCCUUGGCGUUGUCUACCCUUGUGCAUCAGCACAGCGGCCAAGUUUGGAUCACAGACGCAGGAGCUGAAUAUUUCACUGACAGCCAUUGGUCUUAUGUGGAAUAUUUCAGACUUUUUCAAUCAAAACCAGGAUAAGUUGAUGUCCACACAACUGGAGGAUGUAUCCAUUUUGCCGGAUUUUCCGGGCACCGUCAAAAUGCCGCAAUUUGAUAAGUUGUGGAUGUGCUUGUAUGCCAAACUGGGCGAGCUGUGUGUGGACCUACGUCCCGCUGUACGCAAAUCCGCUGGACAAACAUUGUUCUCCACAAUAGCAGCGCAUGGUAGUUUGUUGAAUCCUCCCACAUGGCAGGCGCUGGUCUGGCAAGUGCUCUUCCCGCUGUUGGACAAUGUGCGUGCUCUUAGCAGCUCAGCAAGUAACGAGAAGGUGGACGCCAGUGGCAACAUUCUAAUCCAUCAUUCACGCAACACGGCCCAAAAGCAAUGGGCCGAAACACAAGUGUUGACUCUCUCCGGCGUUUGUCGGGUGUUCAACACCAAGCGAGAGUUGCUCCAGAUGCUUGGUGACUUUGAGCGCGCCUGGUCGCUGAUUCUUGAGUUUAUACAGAAUGCGGCGCUAAGCAAAAAUGGUGAAGUCUCCUUGGCGGCAUUAAAAUCGCUGCAGGAGAUUAUGUACCACAACAGUACGGAGCGCGCGCUAAAGGAUGCACAGACAGCCAAGCAACAGGACGACGAAAUUUGGACCAUUGCCUGGAACAUUUGGCUAAGCAUAGGCAUGGAGAGCACCAAAAUGUCAGCGACAACAAGACAACUGUCCGGCAUUGGCAGCCCUAAUGACAGUCAAGAGGACUUUUACAUUCCCAGUCAGGCCUUUCUAACGGCUCUCAUACAAAUCUUUCCCGCCAUUUUUCAGCACAUUCAAGUCAGAUUCAGUGCCUCCGACUUUGAUAAGUUCUGCACGGUGUUGACCAAUGCUGUUUGCAUACCCGUGCAAACGGAUGCUGUGCCAUACAUAAUGUCUACAGUCUCGGAUACGUUGUUGACCCCGCUGCAUGAUGGCAUACUGGAAUGCAUGGAGCUGAUACAAAAGGAGGCAACUAGAUCCGACUCGGAUCCCAGCAUACGACAACUGAUACCCGCCAUCUUUCGCCAGUUGUUGAUCUUUAGCAAGUUCGCAUGCGCACCGCCAACAUUCCAGCAGAGUGUGGAGCACAAUAAGUAUGGCAAACCAAGUGGUCAUUAUGCCAACAAUGCAUCUAUUGAGGUCGUAAGCAUGAACUACAUUCCGUUUGGCGAGAAGUCCAUAAGUAUUUGCGUUAAACUAUACCAAAGCACCGCUACCGAGGAGUCGGUGGUGCAGGAGCAGAUAUUGCAUGACAUUGUCAAGGCACUGCGCACUCCGCUAGCUAUGAAGUACAAGUGUCUAUCCUCUAGCACCUGGAAAUUGGCCAUCUCCAGUCUUAUCAGUGUGCUUCACACGGGAUUGAAAGUGGCGCGUGUAAAGCCGCAACAUUUUGCCAGCCUGUGGGAUGAUUUGGCUGAUACCCUGGACAAGUUUCUAUUUCCAAUCAGUGUGUGCACGAUCGAGGAUCGCGGCUUAGAGGAAAUUGUACUGGAUGAAACAAUCGAUUGCCAAGUAAUUGAAUUGCUCCGUGAUGAAGUCUUGCCACAUGCACACGAGAUGCCGCAUCAGUUCAUCAUGCAAAUUGUUGUGCUGCUAAACAAGGGUUCCAUACACUCUGCAUCCGAUAGCAACAUUUGCUAUGAAUCCGAUUGGAAGCUACGCGAAAUCUUUGCCAAAACUUGCUUUGAAACUUUGCUGCAGUUCUCACUGCUAGAGGAUCAGAGCACGGCCUCGGCCUGUAAUAACAAUCGCCUUAAUGCUAAUUUGCUAACAGCUGGCGCCGGAGGAAAUGUCAACAAGGACUUUGCCGGUCGCCUGGCGGUCACUGCGCUGCUGCAUCGCUUCCAAGAGGUGCUUAAGCGUUUUAACGAUGACGAGCGUCAAAGUGGCAAGUGUCCGCUCCCUAGAUUCCGUCUUUCUGAAAUAUCGUUUGUGUUGAAAGCAAUUGCAACGCUUGUGGUGUCCAUGAAGAAGGCGCCAGCGUCCAAAGUCAAUAAACCCGCUUGGGAUCUGCUAAUUGGUCUGUAUCCCUAUUUGGUGGACUGCACCACAACCACGUCGCCGGAGGUGUCUCGUUCGCUGCGCGAGGCGUUGCUGCAAUAUACGGAUCUGUUGCAAGCACCACGCACCUCCAAUGAUAAUGCAAUACAAUCGAAUGGACAGCAGUGAGAAUAUGAUUAAAGGAAUAUGUGGAAAGCGAAUCGUUUUUAAUUGUUUAAGCGAAUGUCCCUUUGAAUAUAUACUUAUACUUAUAAUAUUUACAUAUUUAUUUUACUUUGCAUAAUUUAAUAUUGUUAUAUAUGCUUACGCCCACUUUUUACCCUUUCCCCGUAUGUGUUUGUUUAAUUAUUAUAGUACAUUUAAUAAGACCUAAGUAUAUAUGUAUUAUCUGUCAGAUGUAGGCAAUAACAAUUCAAAAUUAAGCUGUCAAGAGCUUUAAUGCUCGAUAAGAUAAGAUGUCCAAGUAGACCCGGAUAACCUACUAUGCAGCAGCAGCAGCUUUAUCGCCCAAAAAGAAGACGACAACGACGAGGACAACAACAAACAAAUGUAUUUCUUUAGUACCUUUUCGCUGUUUACUGAUAAUGAUAUGAUAUGAUAACAAUACAUAAGCUAUCCGUGUAGCGCAUUUUAAUCAACCUACUUAGAAAUGGAAUAGAUUUGCGUGUUAACUAAAUCAAAUACACUUAACCAUGAUGCAACAACUUUGUAGUGACGUUUUUAAAUAAAGCAAAAUUAUUAUAUA